UCGUCCUCUAGGCAACAGUACAGUUCUGGCUCCUUGUGUGUCCGUCAGAAGGUCACAAGCCCCCGUGACCCCCCGUGACCCUGUGACCCCCCGUGACCCCGUGACCCCCCGUGACCCUGUGACCCCCCGUGACCCUGUGACCUCCCGGUACACUGUCACCUCUGCAACUUCAGAGGAGCUGUGGGUCCACUCCAAGCCCUGCGGUCCGAUCCUGAAGAGUCAUCUGACCUUCCUCAUCAGAGUCAGUAUAGGAGUCAUAUCUGCCUUCACCACUGUUCUGAUGGCUGCUAUGCUCCUGUCUCUAGCUCUGGCUCUGGAGAGGUUCUGGACUCACUGGAAAACACCGGUGGUGGAGACCACCGUGGACGACUUCAACAGAGUCAAAUACCAGCCUCAACCCUCCCUAACCUGACCCUUGACCCCUGACCUCUCAGCCUCAACCCUCCCUCACCUGACCCCUGACCUCUCAGCCUCAACCCUCCCUCACUCGACCCCUGACCCUUGAACUCUCAGCCUCACUCCUCCCUCCCCUGACCCCUGACCUUCACCAUGUUAAACCCUACUUCCUGGUUCUCUGGUGUGUUUCCUGCUGCUGUUUUGCGGUCGACAGGAAUCAAAGCUCUGUGUUGGUCUCUGAUUUGGAGCCUGUCAGCAAUAAAAUAACCCUUGAGAAACCACCUUUCAUUUGAGUGCGAUGCUGAAACCAGUGAGAUGUUCCUCUGAAUAUACCGACAAGCUCCUCUUCUGUUGUUGGGGGUUCAGAAGGACCACCAUGACAGACCUUCCUCAGUGGUCCUGAGCUGCCCAGCAGGGGGUGCUGUGAUCCACAGUCCGGGUCCUGAUGAACCAGGCUGGAGCUCCAGGUUCGAGAUGUUUAUUCAGAGUUCAGGAGGAGCCAGAGGUUCGGUUCGGUCUCAUUUGUUUAGAUGAAGAAGUAUGUUUAUUUGGUUGAUUGUUGUCCGGAAUGAGUGGACCCUUCUUGCAUGGCUCACGGCCUCUUUGCUCCUUGGAUGUUAGUAUUUUACGUCAACAAACAACCUAACAUGUAUAGAUCGAAUUGGCUAUGCUUGUUUUAGUACUGCCAAUCCCACCAAAGCCACCAAACCCGAUGUUUGGGUUUGGUGGCUUUCUUUCUUUAUUUUAGUGACAACCUGUGAUGGCCUGAAUAUGUGUGGCGCUCUCUAGUGGUCACAGAUCAUCAGGACCUCAGGGAGCCAUUUGGAGAACGGGCCACACCUUGCGAUUUUGCUUCUCCAUUUAAAUGAGCCGCGCUUUUUGCCUGCAUGCUCGUAGUUGAGGCAAGUGCUGCUGCUGAUGCUGAGACACAAAAACACAAGAUAGUCAUAAGUUUGGUCAAUACAAAAAGAAUAAUAAGCAUAAAUACAUGAAACACUGAAUAACUAAUUAAUGGAGCGAUUGCUUAGGUGCUAGAUUAUAGCUUAGUUGAUCGCUAUCGUGUGUGUGUGUGUGUGCGUGUGUGCGUGCGUGCGUGCGUGCGUUUGUGUGUGUGCGUGCGUGCGUGUAGUAUUGUUUAUUAUGGAAAAGAUCCGCUCAACAGGAGCAUUUGUGCCAGGCAGACACACGGCAGACAAAUUAUAAAUAGAUUUUUGUGCGCUAUCUCCCUGCUUCUCCACAUCUCCACCCACCACUCGUCCGCUGGUUUCCAUCAGCAUUCCACUGUGCGACCAUCCCUGUUGCGUAAUGCGGAUUGCGCAUAAUAAUAAUAAUAAUAAUACAUUUAAUUUAGAGGCGCCUUUCAAGACACCCAAUGUCACCUUACAGAGCAUAUAGUAUAUAGCAUAUAGUCAUCAUACAUUUUUUUUUAAAAACAAGACAUUGUGGAAAAAAUAAAUAAAUAAACAUAAGCAAUAAGAAAUAAAUAAAACAAAAACAAGACAAAACAAAACAAAAAAAAACAAUCAAAACAGUGAUAAGUUAGACGUUGUGUGCGAGUUUGAACAGGUGAGUUUUGAGUUGUGACUUGAAGGUUGUAAUGGUGUCUGACUGUUUUAUGUGUGGGGGGAGGGAGUUCCAGAGCCUGGGUGCUGAACAGCUGAAUGACCGGGCACCCAUUGUAGUGAGUCGUGAUGUGGGGAUACAGAGUAGUCCAGAAGAGGUUGAGCGGAGGGAGCGGGAGGGAGUGUAUUCUUGGAGGAGGUCUCAGAGAUAACUGGGGUCUAGGUUGUGGAGAGCUUUGUAGGUGAGGAGUAGGGUUUUGUAUUGGAUACGGUAGUGUACUGGGAGCCAGUGAAGUUGAAUGAGGACAGGGGUGAUGUGGUCAGAUGAUUUGGUGCGGGUGAUGAUCCGGGCGGCUGAGUUCUGAAUGAUUUGCAGUCUGUUAAUGAGUUUGGUGGGGAGUCCGGUGAGGAGGGCGUUGCAAUAGUCUAUGCGUGAUGUGACAAAUGAGUGAACUAGGAUUUCAGUGCUGGAUUGGGUCAAUGAUGGGCGGAGUCUGGCGAUGUUGCGGAGGUGGAAGAAUGCAGUCCGGGUGAUGUUGUGAAUAUGGGGUGCGAAUGAGAGGGUGUUGUCCAGGAUGACGCCGAGGACUUGACUUUGGAGGAGAAGGGUACUGGGAAUCCAUCGAUAAUUAUGAGUGGAGCUGGGGUGUGUUGUGAUUGAGUGAGGGUGGAUUUGGAUCCGAUGAGCAGGGCCUCGGUCUUGUUUCCAUUGAGUUUCAGGAAGUUCCUGUUCAACCAGCUCCGGAUCUCUUCCAGGCACGUGAUGAGGGAGGUGGGGGGGAUGGCAGCGGUGGGUUUGGUGGAGAUGUAGACCUGUGUGUCGUCAGCGUAGCAGUGAAAAUGGACCCCAUGGUGACGGAGGAGUGUGCCCAGCGGGAGGAGGUCUCAGAAUCGACAGCGAUGGAAAACCCUGAUGUCCUCUAACCACACAACCAUGGAACAACACAACACACCUUUACCCUCCACACACACAUACUCGUCACAAACAAACGCACACAUUCGUCACAAACACACAACUCCUCACAAACGCAAACUCCUCCUCACAUACACUCCUCCUCACAUAUACUCCUCCUCACACACUCCUCCUCACACACUUCUCCUCACACAAUCCUCUCAGGCUGCAGGAUCUCCUCGUCACCAUGGGUAAAAUCAACCGCUGUCUGAAGUGCGUCUUCGUCCUGCUCAACGCCGUGUUCGGGACCUUUGGAGUUUUGAUGAUAAUUGGACUUGUGAAGGCCCACCCGCAGCUGUCAAGAGAGAUGGGCCCCGAAUCCCUGGCUGGGCUGUGGGUAUUCUCCGUUGGGAUGCUGCAGGUUUCCAUCCUCGGGCUGACGGCCGCCAAGACCGAGAAGACAGCACUGCUCAAAGGGUUUGCAGGUCUGAUGGGGGCCAUAAUGAUCAUCAUGAUGAUCUUAGGGAUCGUCAAGGCUUACUACAGAAACCAGUUAAAGAACAUCACCCCUGACCCUGAGAUGAUGGCAGAUGACACAGUGCAAAAAGUUCUCGACAACAUCCAAGGGCAGCUCCAGUGCUGUGGCCUUAUGAGCUAUGAGGACUGGGGGAACAGUAUCCCUUUAUCCUGUGAGUGUUUAGAAGACAACGUGUGCACAGACCGCCCAGGGUACUUGGAACGUCCAGCUAAAAUCUACUCCAGGCCGUGCUUCCCCAUCGUGUCCGACCUGCUGGUUUAUGCCUUGACGUUCUCCAUGGGUGUCUUCUUUGUCUUCGCUGUCACCACUCUCCUCUGCCUGGGGGCGAGCCUCCUGAUGAUUGGUCAGGUGAGGCGUCACGACGGCGGGCGCGGAGGACAGGCCAUCGCCAUGACGACUCCUGGGUACAAGCUGAGCCCUGGCUCCUGACCUCUGACCUAACUCCUCAUUUCUGCUUCUAAAUGAGUCAGGGAAUAUGAUGUCAAUAGUGACAUCACCAGGAGACUGAGAGUGUUUCACUGGUGUUCCCAUUAAAGAAAACAAAAAAAAUUGUUCCUUAAUGUCAAGUGUUCCAUGUGUUCAUUCUCCUGUUACAAUGUACCUUGUUUCAGUGACUCCUCCCCUCCAUCAAUGUAAGAGGACAGGUGGACUCCUCCCUUCUAUGCAUAUAUAAUUAGCUGUU